AUGCAGGGAUACCUCCCCCAGUCCAUGGCCACCAUGGAAAUCCUUGCCACAUUGUGCCAACAGACAGCUGCAGCAGCACCUCCUCCAGUAGAACCCCCUAUCCCACCGCCUGUAGUCGAUUCCCCCCCUCCUCCACUCCCCUCUCCUCCUCCUCCAUCCGCCCCACCUCCUGCCCCUCCCCCUGCCGAACCUCCCAUGUAUCCUCCCCCUCCUCCUCCCUCCUCUCCUCCUCCGCCUCCCCCUUCCCCUCCCCCCAAGCCUAAACUCUCCCCUCCCCCUAAGCCCCAACUCUCCCCUCCCCCAAAGCCUAAACUCUCUCCCCCCCCUAAGCCCAAACUCUCCCCUCCCCCCGCUUCUCCUCCCCCUUCUCUUCCCCCCCCACCUCCUCCCCGUGCUAUUAGCCCCACUCUUCCCCCUAGCACUGCACCUUCCCCCAGUCCCGCCCCUUCCCCCACCAAUGACGCAGCCCCCCCCUCCCCCCCCCUCUCUUAG